GUUCCAUUUUGAUAAAGGAAAUAUAAAGACUAGUUUGAUUAUAAAGGAUUUAUUCUAUAAUUGGUCCCUAUAGGGAAAAAGCAUGCUGUAUUAUUCAUCAUACACUUCCUUGUGUUGAAAAUUAGCUACCAAGAUAUUACGUUUAAUUUCUUCAUCCCAACACAACUUAAAAUGGUGCUGUCACACUCUUUCUAUCCGGCCGGAGAACAUGGGGGACAUGCAGACCAAGAAGCUGCUUGGCGAUGCCAGCAAGGUCAGUCUCCCUUGUUUUUACAAGGACGUUGGCAGAUCUCAGGCAGCAAAACAGGUUCUGGUCAUUGAUGGCUGGAGUCAUCUCCUUAGUAGACUCACCGCCAUUGUGGCUAAACAAACUCUGCUUGGUUGCAGUUGUGCGAUGUGAAGGAAUAACCAUUUCUGGAAACUUCUACCGUAACAAACGUAAAUAUCUUGCUUUCCUCUGUAAACGAAUGAACACCAACCCUUCAUGUGGGCCAUACCAUUUCAGAUCCCCCAGCCGCUUCUUCUGGAGGAACGGAAGAGGUAUGCUCCCCCCACAAGACAAAGAGAGGCCAGGCAGCUCUGGAUUGGCUGAAGGUUUUCAUGGCAUUCCUCCUCCUUACAAAAAGAGGAAGAGAAUGGUUGUCCCUGCAGCAUUGAAAGUUGUUUGCUUGAAGCCAGCACGUAAGUGUGCGUUCCUGGGUUGUCUUGCUCAUGAAGUUGGAUGGAAUUACCAGGCUGUGACAUCAAUUUUGGAAGAAAAGCAGAAGGGAAAGACCAAAAUUCACUAUGAGAAGAAGAAACUGGUCAUGAAACUAAAGAGGCAGGCAAAGAAGAACAUAGAUCGCAAAAUCACCAAGUAUACCAAUGUUUUGAAACCGUACGGCAUCGGUGUUUAAAUAAAGAAAAC